AGCCCCGCAGCCAUGGCGGACAUCAAGACGGGCAUCUUCGCCAAGAACGUGCAGAAGCGGCUCAACCGCGCCCAGGAGAAGGUCCUCCAGAAGCUGGGAAAAGCUGAUGAGACAAAAGACGAACAGUUUGAAGAAUAUGUCCAGAACUUCAAGAGGCAGGAGGCAGAGGGCACCAGGCUCCAGCGAGAACUCAGAGGAUACUUAGCAGCAAUCAAAGGCAUGCAAGAGGCCUCCAUGAAACUCACCGAGUCUCUGCAUGAGGUGUAUGAGCCUGAUUGGUAUGGUCGGGAAGACGUGAAGAUGGUUGGAGAGAAAUGUGACGUUCUGUGGGAAGACUUCCAUCAAAAGCUAGUGGAUGGAUCCUUGCUGACUCUGGACACCUACCUGGGCCAGUUUCCUGACAUAAAGAAUCGCAUCGCCAAGCGCAGCCGGAAGCUGGUGGACUACGACAGUGCCCGCCACCACCUGGAGGCCCUGCAGAGCUCCAAGAGGAAGGAUGAGAGCCGGAUCUCUAAGGCAGAAGAGGAAUUUCAGAAAGCGCAGAAAGUGUUUGAAGAGUUUAAUGUUGACUUACAAGAAGAGUUGCCAUCACUGUGGUCAAGACGAGUUGGAUUUUAUGUCAAUACUUUCAAAAAUGUGUCCAGCCUGGAAGCCAAAUUCCAUAAGGAAAUUGCCGUGCUUUGCCACAAACUGUUUGAAGUGAUGACGAAACUGGGUGACCAGCAUGCAGACAAGGCCUUCACCAUUCAAGGAGCUCCCAGUGACUCGGGCCCUCUCCGUAUCGCAAAGACGCCAACACCACCAGAAGAGCCUUCACCCCCGCCGAGCCCCACCGCUGGCCCCAAUCACACUCUCGCACCUGCAUCCCCUGUGCCUGUGCGGCCAAGGUCACCUUCACAGACAAGGAAAGGGCCUCCAGUUCCACCUCUGCCUAAGGUCACCCCAACCAAGGAACUGCAACAGGAGAACAUCAUCAAUUUCUUUGAAGACAACUUCGUUCCAGAGAUCAAUGUGACAACACCUUCCCAGAAUGAAGUCACAGAGGUAAAGAAGGAGGAGACUCUGCUGGAUCUAGACUUUGAUCCCUUCAAGCCUGAGGUGACACCUACUGGUUCUGCUGGAGUGACCCACUCACCCAUGUCUCAGACAUUGCCCUGGGACUUAUGGACGACAAGCACUGAUUUGGCACAACCGGCUCCUGGUGGUUCAUUUAAUGGAUUUACCCAGGCUGAAACUGAACAGGCUGCACCCACUGAGCUGAAAGCAGAGGAGCCUCCCAUCACCGUGGCACCUGCGGUCGGGCUGGACCUUGGACUGGAAACUGAGGAGCCACCAUCAGUGGAGGAGUCAGUGAUCCAGCCUGGAGCGGAUGCUGCAGAGGCUGUGGGACCCACAGUGCCCACCGAGGGGGCUCUGGUGGAGGACACGGAGGCAGAGAGGGCAGCCCUUCCCACCGGGGAAGGAGGAAGUUUAGAGGAAACUAAAACCGAGGCAGAAACCACCGAGUUCUUAGACAGUGAUCGACCUCCAUCUGCAGAGACGGAAGCAGCAGACACUCAGGAGAAGGUCAUUCCUUCAGUAGUCAUUGAGCCCGCCUCCAACCAUGAAGGAGAAGGAGAGCACGAAGCGGCCAUGGGUACAGAACCCAAGGAGGCCACGGCAGAGGUGGCUCCCAAGACUCCCACGGGGGAGUCUCCAGAGCUGGCCAGGGAGCAGGAGCCCCCAGAGGACACCCAGGCUGCCCCUCUUGAUCAGCUCCCCUCCGGAGGAGAGGCCUCCCUGGAUCGGCCACCCGGCUUUCUCUACAAGGUGGAAACCCUGCAUGAUUUCGAGGCAGCAAACUCUGAUGAGCUUAACCUGCAAAGGGGUGACGUGGUGCUGGUGGUCCCCUCAGACUCAGAAGCUGACCAGGAUGCAGGCUGGCUCGUGGGGGUGAAGGAGUCGGAUUGGCUUCAGUACAGAGACCUGGCCACUUACAAAGGUCUCUUUCCCGAAAACUUCACCCGGCGCCUGGAGUAGGGCUGCAGGUACUAUAGAAGGAGCUUCGUGACUGGGUUUGGAACCUUCCAUGAAAUCCUGAUGAGUUCACUUUUGCUAUCACAUGCGGAAUAACUUCCACAGUGAUGCCAGACA